AUGUUUCCACCCACGUUGCAGGUGUGCGUGAGUAGGUGGGGCGCGAGUGGGAUUGAGGGGCGUGAGUGGGAGGGGCGUGAGCCUUGUGCCUGUUGCAUCGCUGGUGGUGGAUCUGGGCGUCACCAACCUCCUCCUCUCUCCCCUCCACUCUGCUAUGACACCCACUCUGCUGUACCCGCGUGCAGGCUGGUGGUGGAUCUGGGCAUGCUGGGCGUCAUGCUGCACCAGCAGCCCAUGAUGCCCAUCACCUUCUACUCCUCACCGCCUGGCGUCAGCAAGAGCAUGAGCCAAGAGCUCAUGGAGGAGGAGAUCACAGCCUUCACACUGGGCAUGGCACUGCACGACCCCAGCACCCCCGAGUGGUCCAUCUACAUGCCCAUGGCCAAGUCCCUCGUCCGCGCCCUCGAUGCCACCCAGCUCGCUGCCAGGGAGCUGCUGCCGCACGUGCCAAGCUACACGGACCCCUACUUCUUUCGGGAGCGCCUCACCAUGCCCAAGCUGCUCAUCGCCGCCUCCAACGACGAGUUCUUCUUGAUGGACGACUCGUACUUCUAUUACAAUGGCCUGCCACCCCCCACGCUACUUAAGUUCGUGGCCAACGUGGACCACAUGGUCAUUCAGAAGUCCUAUUGGGCUUAUGAUGCUGCCAUCUCCUUCCUCUCCUCUCUCCUGCACGUCAACUCCUCCUGCGCCUCUCUCCCCGCCUCCUCCCGUCCCUCCCUCACCUGGACUCGCCCCACCACCCCCACCCCCGCCGCCCUCAUCCCCCACACCACCUCCUCCUCUCCAGACCCAACUCCCUCUCAGACCCCUCACAGCUCUCAGCCUUCCAGUCUCACAGACGCAGAGGCAGCAGCAGUGGGGGCGGCAGUGGGGGCAGCAGUGGCAGAGGCACAAAAUCCCCCCUGGAAGUGCGUUCCUGACCUGCCAGCUGUUGAUUGGCCGCGGUUGAGGUGGCAGUUUGAUUGGCCCACGUUCACGAUCCAUGCCACGUCAGACAGGAAACCAUUGGCAGUUAGGGCAUGGACUGGGCGCACGAGGCCGGGCAGCAAGCGGCGGGACUUCCGGUUCAUUGUCAAGCAAGGGCUCACUGGGUGCACGGUGCCAUUCAAGAGUGCGCCGGGCAGCUACACUGCCAAGUUCGGCACGCUCUGUGUGCAGCCCAUCCCGUUCCUCCUGCACACUGUAUCGCCGCCCGCGCUGCAACCCGAUAAGCUCUGGUACUUCAAUUCCUCCAUCAGAGACAUUCCCAAG